AUGGAGCCCAGUACCCCCUUUUGGACCUGGACUUGUUUGCUGGUCUUCCUGGUCAUCUCUCAGAAUCACGCAGUCAAGACCCAGAGUCUGUCCUCAGGUAACGACACCCGGCAGCCCCGGGAUUCUGCCGGCUCAGCGUUGAAUCGUCUUUCAUUGGCAGCCAACGCGUCUCACGUGGGACAGGUGUGCACCACCUGGGGGCGCUCUCAUUGGAAGACGCUGGACGGCGCCUUCUUCCAGCUGGCGUCCUCAUGCAACCACCUGCUGGUGGCCGACUGCCACAACUCCUACGAGGACUUCAACAUCCAGAUGAGGCGCCAAGCGCCCGAAGGCGGCGGCGCCAUCGACGCCGUGCUGAUGAGGUUGGACGCCAACAUGGUGGAGCUUAGUGGCGACGGCGUGCGUCUUAAUGGGAAAAGCGUGUCUCUGCCUGUAGUUGCCUUUGGACUGACCAUCAAGAAGACCUCAUCCAGUGUCCUAGUCCAGACCCAACUGGGAGUCCAUGUGGUGUGGAACUUGGACGACUCAUUAGAUAUUGAAAUCGACAAUAAGUACAGGAAUCGGACGUGUGGGCUGUGUGGAAACUUUGAUGGCAUCGAUGACGAGUUCAUGAAAGAUGGAAAAAUACUCUCCGUUCUGGACUACGCUGACAGUCACAGGGUCAGUGGGCCAGCCGAGAACUGUGAGGAGGAAGACCUGCUGGAGGACCUCGCUCUGGACCGCAGAGACCAGCGUAUUUGUAGGCAGAUUUUUACCGACGCCGCCUUCGCCAGCUGCCGCAACCUUCUGGACGUGGACGCCUUUGUCAAAGCGUGCUCUUCUGACAUCCGCCGCGCCUCCCACCGCAGGGACCCGUCCCUCUGUCAGACCGUCUCGGAAUUCUCCAGACAGUGCGUCCACGCAGGCGGAGCCCCGGGAAAAUGGAGGAAUGCCACCAUCUGCUACAGGAAGUGUCCGUCCAACAUGGAGUUUUUGGAGUGCAGCAGCUCGUGUCCUGACAGCUGCAGCAACCCCGAGGCCAGCCGCACGUGCGACACCCACUGUCACGACGGGUGCAGCUGCCCCCACGGCACAAUCCUGGAUGACAUCAGCGACUCCGGCUGCGUUCCUGCUGACCAAUGUCCAUGUCUGCACAAAACCCAAGUGUACCAGUCUGCACAGUCCUUCUCCUACAACUGCGGAACAUGUGUGUGUGAGAGUGGUCACUGGAAGUGCACGGAGGACAACUGUCCCGGGAGCUGCUCCCUGGAGGGCGGGGCCCACAUCAGCACCUUUGAUGACAAAGUGUACACCUUCCACGGGGACUGCACCUACGUCUUGGCCAAGCAGAGUAGCGGGUCCUUGUACACGGUGCUGGUGGACCUCGCCCAGUGUGGUCUGACCGACAGUCAAACCUGCCUCAGAGCAGUGACGCUGGCCUUGAACAGCAAGUCUCUGGUGGUUAAAAUUCAUGCUUCUGGACAAGUCUUUGUCAACCACAUCCUGUCUCAGCUGCCUCUCUUCACAUCCGAGAUUAGCAUCUUCCAGCCAUCCUCCUUCUACAUCUUCAUCAGCACCAAGCUUGGCCUGAAGCUGGCGGUCCAACUGACCCCGCUAAUGCAGGUCUUCCUGUCAGCCCCCACCUCAUUGAAAGGAAGCACCUCAGGAUUGUGUGGCAACUUCAACAACAUCAUGAGCGACGACUUCCGCGUGAUAAGCGGUCUAGUAGAGGGCACAGCUGCCGCCUUCGCCAACACAUGGAAAACCACAGCCGGCUGCCCGGACGUCAACACCCGCUUCGGACACCCCUGCAGUCACGGCAUCAGCAAAGAGAGCUACGCUCACUACUGGUGCUCCAAGCUAACCGAUCCCAGCUCAGCCUUCGCCACCUGCCACUCUGUCGUCAGCCCCGACGCCUUCAAAGACAACUGCAUCUAUGACACCUGCAACUGUGACGACACUGAGCAGUGCAUGUGUGCCGCCGUGUCCGCCUACGUGUACGCCUGCUCAGCGGCCGGGAUCCAGAUCAGCGAGUGGAGGACCACCGCAUGUGGCCGGUUCUCGUCAUGUCCGGCGGGCACGGUGUACCGAUACAACAUGACCAGCUGCGCUCGCACCUGCCGCUCCCGCAGCCAGCCGGACUACUCGUGCCAGGCCGGCUUCACGGCGGUGGACGGCUGCGGCUGCGCGGAAGGAAGCUACAUGGACGAGCGAGGACAGUGCGUGUCCCCCGACGCCUGUCCCUGUUACGUCAAAGACAGCGUCAUUACGCACGGCCAAGCGAUCGUCAGCGAAGGAUGUACAUGCAUCUGCAGACAUGGCGAACUCAGCUGCCCUGGAGGAGUGCCGACACUGUCAGAGGAUUGUGUGGCCCCCAAGGUCUACUUUAACUGCGCCACUGCUCAGCCUGGAGCCACUGGCGCCGAGUGUGAGAAGAGCUGCAGCACUGUGGACAUGGCCUGUAUCAGCAGUGGCUGCACAUCAGGCUGCAUGUGUCCUGAGGGUCUGCUGUCUGAUGGAGCCGGGGGCUGCAUCAGUGAGUCCAAGUGUCCGUGUGUGCACAAUGGACAGACCUACCAACCUGGACACACUCUGAGGGUGGACUGCAACACCUGUUACUGCGCGGGUCGAAAGUUCUCGUGCAGCACCAAGGUGUGUGACGCAGUGUGUCGCGUGUACGGCGACGGUCACUACAUCACCUUUGACGACAAGAGGUUUGACUUCAGUGGACAGUGUGAAUACUCCCUCCUGCAGGACUACUGUGGAGAUACUCAGUCCAACGGAAGCUUCAGGAUUAUCAGUGAGAAUGUUCCAUGUGGAACCACAGGAACCACCUGCUCCAAGACCAUCAAGAUCUUCCUGGAGGAGGAUGAAUUCCAGCUGAAGGAAGAGAACUUCCACGUGAUCAAGAGCAGCCAGCAGGUGUCUCUUGCUUGGGUGUACAAUAUGGGUCUUUACUUGGUGCUGACCCUCCAGCCAGGACUUGCGCUCAUGUGGGACAGGAAGACCAGUCUUUUCAUCAAACUGGCACCACAAUUCCAGGGUCACGUCUGCGGUCUGUGCGGCAACUACGACGGCAACAUCAAGAAUGACUUCACCAAACGCUCCCAAGAGGUCGUCACGGACGCCCUGGAGUUUGGGAACAGUUGGAAGGCAGUCUCCAGCUGCCCAGAUUCCCAGCUCGUCAAGGAUCCCUGCAGCGCCAACCGCUACCGAGCAGCCUGGGCCCAGAGACAAUGCAGCAUCAUCAUCAGUGUCACCUUCCAGAGCUGUCACUCCAAGGUGGAUCCGAGUCCAUAUUACGACGCCUGUGUGAGGGACUCAUGUGCUUGUGACACCGGCGGCGACUGUGAGUGUUUCUGCACGGCGGUGGCGGCCUACGCCUCAGCUUGCAACCAGGCCGCAGCGUGCGUCUCAUGGAGAACCCCCAAACUGUGCCCCGUUUUCUGUGAUUACUACAACGCCCCUGCUGCCUGCGAGUGGCACUACAAGCCCUGUGGAGCAGACUGCAUGAAGACGUGUAGGAAUCCUUCUGGGAACUGCUCCGACCUCAUCACCGGCCUGGAAGGUUGUUAUCCACAAUGUCCUCCGAGUGAACCGUACUUUGAUGAAGACACCAUGUCAUGUGUGCCCUGGAAGCAGUGUGGUUGCUAUGACGACCAAGGUAUCCAUUACAGCAUCUCAGAGGUGGUUCCUGCUAAAAGUUGUUACACUUGCUCCUGUACAAUCUCCGGAAUACAGUGUAGCUACAAUGUAAACACGUGCACAUGCUUCAUUAACGGCAAAACCUAUGCCUAUGGCGCCACCAUCUACAACACCACGGAUGGCCUGGGAAACUGCAUCACGGCGACAUGUGGAGUCAACAACACUAUGAACAGGAACAUGUAUCCCUGCUUUACUACCAUCAGCCCGCAAACAACACCCUUUACUUUCAGCACGGCUGAAAGGACUUCCGAAACCACAACAGCACAGAGAACCACUGUGCAAGGUGAGACAACACCACCUGAAUUCACCACUGGUACAACCAUCAGCUCUACUACAUCUCUUGGAAAAACUACAACCUCUGUACCAGGUAGCCAAACAACAAGUACCGAAAAUACAGGAACAACAUUCCAACCCUCUGUUAGUACUAUAACAACAAAAAUACCAACAACAUCCUCAUUGGGAACUACCACUGCACCUGGAGAAACCACAACAGCACAGAGAACAACUGCACAAGGUGAGACAACACCACCUGAAUUCACCACUGGCACAACCACCAGCUCUACCACAACUCUUGUAAAAACUACAACCUCUGUACCAGGUAGCCAAACAACAAUUACUGAAAACACAGGAACAACAUCCCAGCCCUCUGUUAGUACUACAACAACAAAAAUACCAUCAACAUCCUCAUUGGGAACUACCACUGCCCCUGGAGAAACCACAACAGCACAGAGAACCACUGUACAAGGUGAGACCACACCACCUGGUGAGACAACACCACCUGAAUUCACCACUGGCACAACCACCAGCUCUACCACAACUCUUGUAAAAACUACAACAUCUGUACCAGGUAGCCAAACAACAAUUACUGAAAACACAGGAACAACAUCCCAGCCCUCUGUUAGUACUACAACAACAAAAAUACCAUCAACAUCCUCAUUGGGAACUACCACUGCCCCUGGAGAAACGACAACAGCACAGAGAACCACUGUACAAGGUGAGACAACACCACCUGAAUUCACCACUGGCACAACCACCAGCUCUACCACAACUCUUGUAAAAACUACAACCUCUGUACCAGGUAGCCAAACAACAAUUACUGAAAACACAGGAACAACAUCCCAGCCCUCUGUUAGUACUACAACAACAAAAAUACCAUCAACAUCCUCAUUGGGAACUACCACUGCCCCUGGAGAAACCACAACAGCACAGAGAACCACUGUACAAGGUGAGACCACACCACCUGGUACAACAACCACCUCGACCACAACGCUUGGAAAAACUACAACCUCUGUACCGGGUAGCCAAACAACAAUUACUGAAAACACAGGAACAACAUCCGAACCCUCUGUUAGUACUACAACAACAAAAUUACCAUCAACAUCCUUAUUGACAACUACCACUGGACCUGGAGAAACCACAACAGCACAGAGAACAACUGUACAAGGUGGGACAACACCACCUGGAUUCACCACCGGCACAACAACCAGAUCUACCACAACUCUUGGAAAAACUACAACCUCUGUACCAGGUAGCCAAACAACAAUUACUGAAAACACAGGAACAACAUCCCAAUCCUCUGUUAGUACUACAACAACAAAAAUACCAUCAACAUCCUCAUUGGGAACUACCACUGCAGCUGGAGAAACCACAACAGCACAGAGAACAACUGUACAAGGUGAGACCACACCACCUGGUACAACAACCACCUCGACCACAACUCUUGGAAAAACUACAACCUCUGCAUCAGGUAGCCAAACAACAAGUACUGAAAACUCGGGAACAUCCCAACACUCUGUUAGUACUACAACAACAAAAAUACCAUCAACAUCCUCAUUGGGAACUACUGCUGCACCUGGAGAAACCACAACAGCACAGAGCACAACUGUGCAAGGUGAGACAACCUCACCUGGAUUCACCACCGGCACAACCACCAGCUCUUCCACAACCCUUGGAAAACCUACAUCCUCUGUACCAGGUAGCCAAACAACAAUUACUGAAAACCCAGGAACAACAUCCCAACCCUCUGUUAGUACCACAACUACUAAAGUACCAUCAACAUCCUCAUUGGAAACUACCACUGGACCGGGAGAAACCACUACAGCAGAGAGAACAACUCCUGAAUUUACCACCGCCACAUCAACCACUUCUACCACUACACUUCACAAAGCUACAACCUCUCUACCAGGUAGCACAGCAACAACUACAGAACAUUUGGGAACAACAUCCCAACCCUUUGUGAACACCACAACUACCAAAAUACCAUCGACCACUGAAGGUGUUGUCACUGGAGGACCACUAACAACAGUUGUGAUUACACAACCUUCAGUUUUGACCUCAACUAUUUUGACUCCAGCAAGUGUUUUGGGCACUACAGUUAUCAGACCAAUAACUCAAACAUUUCCUGGUAGUUCAACUGUGUACACCAGUAAUUCAGUCAGUACUGGUCAAGCUGUAACGACAGCUUCUACUUCUCCAUCUUCCACUACGUGUUCCUGCUUUUUCGAUGGAAAAACAUACAGUCCGGGUGACAUUGUGUACAAUGUAACAAAUGGUUUCGGUCGGUGUUUUGUUACAUUUUGCAACACAACCUGUAGAGUUGUGUCCCAAUCCAGUUUGUGUCCAACAUCGAUACCCGGCACGACCGCACGGUCUACCACCUCAGAGUCCAUUUCAACAACACACAUGUCCCCAUCCACAGCCACCCUGGACUGCACUCUUGUGUCUCCACCAAGACGGAAUGGAGAGUUCUGGAUUGUCGACAACUGCACCACAGCUUCGUGCAGAAAUGGCGUGGUCACGGAGUACCCAAAAAUCUGUCCGGUGCCACAAGCACUCACCUGUGUCAAUGGACGUAAAGCCACCAAGGUCUCUGAUUCCGAAGGAUGCUGCUACCACCUUGAAUGUCAAUGCGUGUGCAGCGUCUGGGGCGGUUCCCACUACAUGACGUUUGACGGGAAGUCAUUCAGUUUCCCAAAGAACUGCUCCUACUACCUGGUGAAAGAGAUCAUCGCCAAGCAUGAGCUGACAGUGGCGGUCAUCAAGCAUCAAUGUGAUCCCUUCGACGGCGCGCUUUGUAUUCAGGCUCUGAACAUCACCUACAAAUCCCAUCAUGUGCUCCUGAUUCAGAGGAAGACUUUGGGAAGUGUCAGCAAUGCGGUAUAUGUGAACCAAAAACGCAUAUAUCCCGCUUGGAGCAAUUCAGUGCUGCACAUCACCAGCACGGACUUGGUGAUUACACUGGGGAUACCAGAGAUCCAGAGCCAUGUGGUCUUCACAGGCUCGUCUUUCACCAUCCACCUGCCCAACUCCCUCUUUGGUGGCAACACUGAGGGACAGUGUGGGACGUGCGACAACUACCAGGCCAACGACUGCCGCUCCCCCAACGGCCAGGGGCAGCACUGCUACGACUCUGCCGACAGUUGGCUUGUCCCGGGAACGCCCUGUGUUACCCCCACCGGCUCGCCAGUUACCACGAAAACAACCACGUCCACGCCUUUGCCCUCACCCACAGAGGCUGUUUGCAAACCCGCCAUCUGUGACCUGAUCACCAGCAGCGUUUUCGCGCCGUGCCACGCGCUCAUACCUCCCGGACCUUUCGUGGCAUCGUGUGUGUCUGACGUCUGCAACCACGCCAACGACUCCUGCUCCAGUUUGGAGGCGUACGCCACCCAGUGUUCCAGUGAGGGAAUAUGCGUGGAUUGGAGGAACCACACUGGCGGCGAGUGCGAUGUUGUGUGUCCACCCGACCAAGUCUUCGUGGCCUGUGGCCCCCUUGUGGAGCCAACAUGUAAUGACAGGUAUAACCACCUGCAUCGACCUCUGUCGGCCGCGGCGCCCAACAGGACGAAGGAGGGCUGCUUCUGUCCCGAUGGCGCCAUCUUGUUCAACAGCAUCCACGACACCUGUGUCAUUUUCUGCGACUGCGUCGGACCGGACGGCAGACCCAAGCAGCCCGGCGACAGGUGGACGAGCGACUGCAACACGUGUGAGUGCGACGCCGACUCCAUGGGCAUCCAGUGUGAGCCCGUCCAAUGUCCGCCCGCUCGGAACCUGCAGUGCAACGAGGCCGGCCAGCAGCUCGUCAACAAGACGGACGGCUGCUGCACCACGCCGUCAUGUGAAUGUAACAGCAACUUGUGCCCACCACCUCUGACUUGCUCACCGGGCUUCAAAGCCAACGCCACCAACGGCACCUGCUGCUUGUCCUACACCUGUGAGCCUAAAGGUGUGUGUGUCUAUGACUUGAUGGAGUACAAGCCUGGCACCAAGAUAGCAGCCUCCAAGCCAACAGCGCCUCCAUCAGGAGCAUCUGGAACUACACCGCAGCCUUUUACGGUGGGGCCGUGCCAGGACUGUUACUGUGGGAACGACACGGAUCCCCGCACCGGACUGAACACCAUCACGUGCACGCCCGUCGUGUGCGACACCAACUGCUCGGAGGGUUUCGACUACCGGCCCGGGGCGUCCCAGUGUUGCGGUGUGUGCGUGCAAACAAGCUGCCUCGCCGUCACGUCUGACAACACAACACACGUCAUAGGGGUCAACAGCACCUUUGUGCCGCCGGGAGACUCGUGCACCAAGUUCACCUGUGAGAGCAUCAAUGGACAGUUGGUUACCAAGGAGACCAGAACCACCUGCCCCCCCUUUAACCCACGCGACUGCGAGCCUGGCACGGAGACGACCGACGCUGACGGCUGCUGCCAACACUGUGAGCUGAGCGGCGUCUGCGUGGUGCGAACGCAAGAGAGCGUGGUGGAAUGGAACGGCUGCAGCAGCAGUCUCCCGGUCAACGUGACGUCCUGCGCGGGCCGCUGUGGAAGUUCCACCACAUACUCCCUGGCUGCCAACGCCUUGACGUACCAGUGCGGGUGUUGCCGCGAGGGCGCCACCAGUCGGCGGGAGCUGGAACUGACGUGUCCUGACGGCUCUAAGGUGCAGCACAGCGCCACUGUGGUGGAGACGUGCCACUGCAGCAAGGCCGCUUGUGGGUCGGCCAGCACCAGCACCAGCAAACCAAGGGGGCGCCGCUGAGCAACUCCUUCCUCUUCCUCCAUGACUGAAGCUUUCAUGCAGCUUGUUUUUCUUUUUUUCCCCCCACAUGAUACUCACUUUCUAAAUCAGCAGCCAGCCAUUUGAAUAGCAUCAUUUGUAUCACCUGAAUUAUUGUUUGCCUUUGCACAAAAUAAAAAACAAAAAACAAACACUUCUUCCUGUCAGUGAGCUACAGUGUACCGUAUUUUCCGGACUAUAAGCGCACUUAAAAUCCUUUUUUUUCUUUAAAACUCGACAGUGCGCCUUAUAACCCGGUGCGCCAUUUUUAAGUUGAAGAAACAAUAUGAUUAGGUUA